GACUGCUAGGGUUGAGUGGGAGAAAGUGGGAGGAAAGAGAUGGCCAAGUUCAACGAGGUGCAGAAGAAGAAGAGAGCGCAGAACCAGGAGAAGAAGAGAAGGAUUCACGGCGACCCAGUCAGUGGCAAGCUUCAUCUGAAGCAGCAACCCGUCUCCAUCUCCGGCAAGCGCAAGCGGAAGCUCGAAAAAAAAUGGCGGAGGGACCAGAAAGAGGCUGUGGAGAAGGGCCUGAUUACCAUGGAAGAUGUCGAAAUGGCUGCAGCUGAUGAUGAUGAAUCUCUAGGGACGAAGAAAGGUUCAAAGAAGUUCCACAUGAAGAAGAGCAUCAAGCUUAAGCAAGGAAAGCACAAAGGUAAGAAGAAAGGAAAAUCUUCUAAGUCUGCUUCUGCUGCUCAAGCUUCAGUGGAUGUAAUGGUAGAGUAGUUUGUCUAGUUCGUGAAGAAACACGUGAAAUUGUACUAUUCCAACUGGAAAUGAAUUUUGGGCAGAAAUUUGCCAUCUGGGUGCAAUAUCUUUUCUACUGUCAAUCAUUGUGUUGUGUUAUCUUUUUCCUGUCUUUGUUGAUAAGGGUAGGAAAGGGAUCGGUAGGAAAGAUAAGACAAUGAAUUGAAGAACUAAUACUACCAGUCUUUAGUUAUUGUAAUGCAAAGUUUGAAUCAAUUUUGUGCU